AUGAGACAGCUUACAGAAGAAGAAACUAAAGUUUUAUUUGAAAAAUUAGCUGGUUACAUUGGUAGAAAUAUUUCAUAUUUGGUUGAUAAUAAGGAACAACCACAUGUAUUCGGAUUACAAAAAGAUAGAGUCUAUUAUGUUCCAGAAAAUGUUGCCAAAUUAGCUACAAGUGUUGCUAGACCAAAUCUGAUGUCAUUAGGUAUUUGUUUGGGUAAAUUCACAAAGACUGGUAAAUUCAGAUUGCAUAUAACUUCAUUAACUAUAUUGGCUAAAUAUGCUAAAUUCAAAAUAUGGAUUAAACCAAAUGGUGAGAUGCCAUUUUUAUACGGUAAUCAUGUCUUAAAAGCGCAUGUUGGUAAGAUGUCAGAUGAUAUUCCAGAACAUGCUGGUGUUAUCAUUUUCUCAAUGAACGAUAUUCCAUUAGGUUUUGGUGUUAGUGCCAAGAGUACUUCUGAAUCUAGAGAUAUGCAACCAACUGGUAUCGUAGCCUUUAGACAAGCUGAUAUCGGUGAAUAUUUAAGAGAUGAAGAUACUUUAUUCACAUAA